UGUAUUGUGUUGGGCACCUUCACCCGGAAGGGGGGAUUCCAACACUUAUACUUGUUCUGAGCCAGGCCCCUAUUGUGUACUAAUCCUGAACACGCCCAUGUUAGUCACGUUAGUCAUAGGCUGUGUAAUAACAACUGUGCGCGCUUUGGGACGCAGGAUGAAGCCACUUGGCUCAUGUGAUCGCUGAUGGACCGGGGAAAAAGACCUCACGCCUGGGGUGGGCCUGCUCUUCGAUGCGCUGCACUGCGAGGAUUGGAGAUCCGGAGUUUGACAGGCUGUUUUUAAUUCCGCCCAUCAACACGACACGCCUCCUCUGGUCCCAGGAGCAUGUCUGAAAACUACAAAUUGGGGAGUGAAGAGUUGGACAAAGUUGUGCGCAUCAGAUUAUUUCUAAUCUAAAAACGAGCAGAGCACACAAGGGGAGUAAUUAUAGAUGAUUUAAAUGGCGGACGAAAUACUUCUGGAAAGCGAUGGAAAACACGGCACGCAUCUCACAAAGUCUCUGCUGGCGGUGGCUUUCCUGGCCUCGUUCGGCAGCUCCAUGCUCUAUGGCUUCAACUUGGCGGUCGUCAACUCACCAGCACAGUACAUCAAAAACUUCUACAAUGAGACGCUGACAGAAAGUUACAACUGGAUUCCCGAUGAGAGGCACCUCACCAUCCUGUACUCCGUCACCGUGUCCAUCUUCGCUAUCGGUGGGAUGACGGGGGCCCUGCUGGUGGGCAAACUCGUAACCAAAUUUGGAAGGAAAGGGACGCUGGUGAGAGCGACUGUGCUGGUGUUUAUAGGAGGAGCUCUUAUGGGCUUCAGCAGAAGCUGCCGGAUGCCUGCGAUGGUCAUUUUGGGACGAUUCAUCACAGGAGUACACUCAGGUAUUUGCCUAAGUGUGGUGCCGAUGUACCUCGGUGAGAUUGCCCCCAAGAGCCUGCGAGGCUUCCUGGGCCUCGUUCCCAGCAUCCACAUCUGUCUGGGAGUCUUCAUCGCUCAGUUCCUGGGACUCCAUGAACUGCUGGGAAAGGAAGAGCACUGGCCUCUGCUCCUGUCCCUCAUAGUGUUCCCCACCAUGAUCCAACUGAUGCUGUUGCCAUGGUUUCCAGAGAGUCCACGAUACCUGUUGAUAGAGAAGGGAAAUAUUCAUGCCACCAUACAAGCUCUGAAGUGGUACCGCCCUAAAGGAAACAUCCAGGCGGAGGUGGAUGAGAUGCAGGAGGAGCAGCGCUCUCUGUCCUCUAUCCACACCAUCUCCGUUUGGGGCCUGCUUAGGGACCGUUGUGUUCGCUGGCAGGUCAUCACCAUCAUGGUGCUGAACAUCGGCAUGCAGCUGUCUGGCAUCGAUGCGAUUUGGUUCUAUACAAAUGACAUAUUUAGGGACGCAGGAAUCCCUGAUCUUAAUAUUCCGUACGUGACUGUGGGAACUGGUGCCAUUGAGGUCAUCUCUGGGAUGCUGGGGUGUUUCACUAUCGAGCGUGUGGGCAGAAGGCCUCUCAUCAUUGGCGGCUUCCUCUUCAUGGGUAUCUGCUGUGCUGGGAUCACAUUGUCUGUCCUCUUCCAGGCGCAGGUGGCCUAUAUGCGCUACAUCAGUGUCGGCUGUGUUGUUGGGAUCAUCGCUGGCUUCUGCAUAGGUCCAGCUGGUGUGCCCUUCCUGAUCACUGCAGAGCUUUUUAAGCAGUCUCACCGACCGGCUGCCUACACGGUGGCUGGUGUCCUCAACUGGAUGUCCAACUUCACCAUCGGCUUCGUCUUCCCCUUCCUAGAGAUGACUAUGGGCCCUUACUGUUACCUGAUUUUCUGUUCCAUCUGCUUGGGAGUGGCCCUCUACACCAUCUUCGUUAUUCCUGAGACCAAGAACAAAACUUUUAUUGAGAUCAGCGAGAUGUUUUCCGCCAAGAACAACAUCCUGGAAGAAGAGCUGACCUCCAAUGGGUAUCUCAAAAUGGCUGAGAUGAACGGCUAUGGAACGCUUGGCCUUCACAGCUAAAGAUCAAAGGGGCGAGGAGACAUACCUACAUUUAAAGAUGAUCUUCUUAGUAUGUAAUGACUGAAGUUAACGUAGUAGAGGUAAAAGGGGGAACUUCUGUGACCAAGACGAGAUCUGCUGCUUCAAGUUUAAAACUACAAAGACCCAUGUCCACACACACACACACACACACACACACACACACACACACACACACACACACACACACACACACACACACACACACACACACACACACACACACACAUACACACACACACACACACACACAAUAAUUUAUGUUUCAACAGUUAAUCUCCUGUCAAAGCGCAGCUCCUGUACAUAACGUGAGACAGAAGUCACGCGGUAAUGCUUUUCAAAUCAAGCAUCACUGACAUUUUAAUCAGUUUCUCCGCAUCUUAAAGCAUUUUACAGGAGCCGAGUUGGUUUCUCACAGUGCUCUGAGAAGUUUCAAUCUCCGCAUUAGCUUCACUUUGUUCAAACACAUCCCAUGAUCACUUCAUUGUUCACAGUCAGUGUUGAAUGCUUUCUUUGUUGCUCAAUUGACACUGAAAUAUGUUCAUUUAGUGACACAGCAAUAACAGCACACACUAAAGGAAGAUAUAUAAUGUAUCCAAUGUUUCAUACAGCUGUUAAAUAAGUCACAAGACAUCAGAAUGAUAUAAUGUUAUAUUUAACUGCGUGUUCACAGUGUUCAGCUCAAGGUGAACGUUUCCUCCAACAACUUGAGCUGGUGUUUGUUUCUUCUUCUGUUCACUUUGUCAAUUUGUUGUCUAUUUUACGAGAGCUGGAUAUUGUGGCCAUUUCAUUGAUAUUGUCCAAAGAUACGCACAUAUAUUUAAAGCUUGUUAAAGAGCUAUAACUUAUCAAUAUAUCAAAACAAAGUUUAGUUUUUUCUUUUUGAACUGGCCUGUUUUACAAGAACUCUGUUUAAAAUACGGUGGAAAUAAAAUGAAGGCUGUAAUGUAAAAAUGUAAAAAUGUAAUGAAUGAACUGAAAUGAAUGUAAUGAAUCUAUAUGCAAUAAAGUAAUUUACUUCACCAACCACC